CAGGAGGACACAAGUACAGAGACGUUGAGAAACAGCCACUGGCUGUUUAAAUAGUGUUAUUAAUUAAUAGUUAAUUAAUAGUUAUUAAUUAAUAGUUAUUAAUUAAUAGUGUUUAAAAUUAAUUGUUUCUCAAUUUUUCCUCAAGUGCUCCACUGAAGUUUGAUGUACACAGACUUGAUUUCAGCUCCAAGAAAAACAUUUUCUUUGAUUAAGGUUUGGUCCUGCAAUUCUCUUCUUGGAUCACUGUUUUAGGUCUGUGCAGAUAGAAGACAGGAAAAGCCCUUCAAAAUGUGGGACACAAGAAAACUGCUUCUUACUGCAAUUGUUUUCUACUACAAAAUGACUGUGGGGAGCGCAAAACUGAUGGACAUGGCUCCAGAUGCUGUAGAUUACACGUACAAUGGAUGCCGUAAAGAGGCCAUGGAGAAGUUCAUCAAUUUAGGCCUCUUAAGACAAGAGCUGAACAAUAAUGAGGAAUUCCAGAAAGCAUGGGAUCAUGCAAGUACUGAUUGUUUGAAGCUGAUCCCUGGAGGAACAAAAGAACACACUGCUGCGCUGUUGGCAUAUGCUGAUGGAACUGAAACAUUUACAAAGAUGUUUGACAAUGCAGUAGAAACAAUGGGCGGAAAUGUUAGUAUCUAUGACAACGACUUCCAUUUCAAGUCCCUUCACUUCCUGCUCAUGGAUUCAAUGUUGCUGCGGAGUACUCGACAGUGUAAGACUCUGCAUAUUGUCCAAGAAACAAAAUGGGAAGCAAAAAAGGGCUCAAAGGUGAAAUUUGGAAAGUUCACCAAAGUUUAUAGCAGCUACAGUGAAGUAAAGGAAAUGGAAGAUUUGGCGGGGCUAUUCGUCUUUAAUAUUACUUCUUGCUUCUUUGUCAACCUGGGAAACAUAUGCAGACAAGAGGGUAAAGCACUCUUAUCUCCAGCAGAAGUGUUCACUGUGGAGGCAGUAGUUAGUAUAGCUGACGAGAUUAAUGAGUCUGAUCACACUGAGAUCGUUUUGAAACACUCAGAGCUGGACACAUCGGACAACUGUUACAGUCUGUCAGGGUCCCCAGCUGAUGUCUCCGCCCAGUGGCUUGUAUUGAUGCUUGUGCCUUUAUCUCAUUUUUUCUUUAACUAUUGAGAACAAAUGAAAAACAAUUAGUUGCUCAGAUUGCACUGAUAGUUACACAAAAAGCAGUUUUUUUGUACAGUUGAACAAUAAACAUCUUUUUUGCUUCGAUGUUGCCAAAUAAGGUGCAAACUUUUGUAGCCUGCUGAAAAAGAAAGUCAUAACACUGUUUUUUCUAUAAUGGCUUCAAGAACAUUUGCUUUCUGCUUAUCAGCAGCUAUAUACUACCCACUGGUAUCAAUAUUUCUAAGAAAAGUCUAUAACUUCUUUUAUUAUUACUUUUUGGGGCAUUUCAUAUGUUCAUAGUUUAAGGAAAACAGACAGGAUGGAAACUUGGGAUUUGUCUUUAAUACAUGUUGAAUUAAUUGAUGGUUGUUUCUUCUCAGGAUAAUUAAAACAAUCACCUUGAUGAAGAUUGAUUUGAAUUCAGACAUUACCUUAGUGUUUCACCAUUUUGCAUUUCUCUAAAUUACAACCAGCGCUAUGAUUGACAAUAUUGUGGGGCAAAGUGGCGUCAGUUGGAAGAAUAUAAUAUCCUGUAUUGUCAAGUGAAGAAUGGACUGUUUAAUCUUUAAAUGGCAUUCAUAAGUUUAUUUAACUUGUCUUCUCAAGUUCAUUGAAUUUAACAUAAAUGUUUUUACAUGUUUAAAGUUAAUCUGUCAUAAUUCAACAAUUAAACAUACAUUUACCAUAUACCAUAUAAUGUGUGUCUAUAAUUGUUUUGAGUCUGCAGCAAAACAUCAGAAUGUUAUAACACAUACUGCCCAUACACUUAUAUGCAAAAAAAUCAUACUUACAGUAAACAGUAACUAUACCAACAGUCCCAAACUAGCUGAUUUUAAAAAUGGCAAAUGCUUUCUCAAACUAACAAAAAUAACAGCAGCAAGCACUUGUGAAUUUACACCCAACAUCACUGAAUAUCAGGGUCACUAGAAUAGGUUUAAGGCCAUUAACACUGGAAGAGCAGCAGUAAUACUAAAGCUGCAGUUAUUGUUUAAGGAACCCACUGAGUAAUGGUCUGAUGGCAUUCAAUAUAUGUCUAAAAUGAGUACAAAAAAUGUCAAAAGCAGCUGAAAGUAUAUGAUGACGACAAAG